AUGUGCCAUGUAGUUAAUCAUUUGACAAUCUUAUUUUUUGCAGUGAGUCAAAGUGAUUUUCCAGAAUAUGAUGUUGUAUUAAGAAGACUGGCGCACUUCAAACAAAUUUUUAUCAUUAAUCUGGUCAAUAACUUGCUGUCAUUACCUCUUUAUAAACAAAUCUCUCUGAUACCAGUGGCCACCAUCACAUCACAGUCACCAUCUUUUAGUCAUGCUGGCAUUUGUAAUGGGAACAAAGAGAACAAAGUCAACCAGUUUAUGAAGAAAAACGUUAUCUCUUUAAAAGAAUAUCUUUUAGAAUCAGAACCAGGACUGUCUUCAACAUUAACAAAACUUGCUAAUUCGCCAACUGAGGAUACAAUGAAGUCAUACAAUCACAGUUUAUGCCACUUGUAUAUUCCUAAGAAAUUUAUAAACGAUCUUUUACAAUUAAAAUCAUUGUGGAGAUCAGAUGCAUGUCUGUCAACAACACCAACAACUCCUCAACAAAGAUUUCAAUUUGACCGAUUGCAAAAGAUAAAUCCUGAUCUAGGUGUCCAAACUUCACAAUUAACAUCAAAAAUAUUUUCUGAAUUGGCGAGAGAGGCAGCUAGUGAAAUAAUCCGAAUAUACGAAUACCAGAUAGCUUUGUUGAAUAGUGAUCUAUCAAUUGAGAUGCUGGCAAGUCAUUGCGUUGAUCGCAUUAUGAGUUAUAUCAGGCAAGAACUUAAUGUAGGUCAAAAAGAAUUGAAAUGGAAUUUGUAUGACAUUUUUGACAAGCCUGGUCUUCGCAGAGAUGUACUUUUGGAACAAGAAGACAUUGUGAAUCCCACAUCUUCUUGCAAAAAUCUUUUCAAUUUUUAUGCAGCACCUUUUUCUAGUCCUAUGGUUUAUGGCUAUAGAGGACAAAUUAUUGAAAUAGACUACGCUAAUCACGCUUUCACCGCAUUUCAAAAAGAGUUGGAAACAUAUUGUGAUGAAGUCUUCUGGAGGUAUGAUGACUUCCACAGAAUGUACGUUCCUUUCCAGUUGAUGAUUGGUACUAUGGCUCUAAAGAGGUUGUCCUUUCAUUUAUUCAAUUGA